GUCUCUCGAUGAUUUCCUGUCGCCACAGCUAUGUGCCUUGCGCAGCCGCCUCAAACAGACGUGUUGAAAAAAACUACCAGAACAAUACAGGCGCACGGACGUUGCAACCAUUGGAACGAGGCAUUGGUUGCUUUGGAUCAGUUGCAAACGAUCCAUUUGCAAAUUGAUGCAGUCUGUUGUGGUAGUGCUCUGCAGACUUGCAGCAGACAAGGUUGGCAGCAAGCGAUUCGUUUGUUUUGGCAGACACGGUUGAAUUUUCUUCAGCCAUCGCUGAUAUCAACGAAUGUAAUUGUACGUACGACAUCGAAUCACGAACCCUGGGCGAAAGUGCUGCAUUUCUUGUCAUGGACUACGAUUGCUGACUUCCGUGCAGAUGCCCAUACUUUUGGUGCCAUGUUGGGUUCGUUUCCUUGGUUUUUGUCCCUCCAAGUGCUGCAAAAAACAGAGACCACCCCGAUCUUGCUCAACACGGCCAUCUCUGCGAUGUCAGCGCAAGAGACAAAGAGUUGGCCUUGGAGUUUCCAUUUUCUUUCAGAUUUUCGGUGCAAGCGGUUGACUGCAGACACGGUGCUUUUGAACACACUGUUGACGACCUUGGAGCGAUCUUGCCGUUGGAAGUCUGCCAUUCAGCUGCUUGCCCUUUGCAUCAAAAAAUGUGGUAUAGCUACUCCAAAUACUGUGAGUUUCAACGCGUGUUUGAGUGCUUGCGAGUCCGCGGAAGAAUUGGAACACGCACUGGCACUCUUGCAAGCAAUGGAAAUGGAACAUCAAAUUCAACCUGAUGUUGUCUCUUUCAGUGCGGUUUUGAGUGCAUGUGCAAAGACGGCCCAGUGGGAAACUGCUUUAGAGCAGCUUGUAAACAUGAGAUGCCGUGAAAUUUUCCCAGAUACUAUCGCCUACAAUUCUGUGACCACAGCAUGUUCCGAAGCGAUACAAUGGCAGAAAUGUUUGCAAAUCUUGAAACUUACUAGUCUUACCAGUGCAGAUCAAGUGAUGUUCAAUGCCAUCUUGAAAGGCAUGGAAAAGUCCAUGCUUUGGCAGCAUGCCUUGAUCCUUCUGCGGACAAUGGAACUUGGUCACAGUUUGAAAGGAAACCUUAUUACUUACAACACCUUGAUGAGCACAUGUCAAAAGUGCAGUCAAUGGGAGCGUUCUUUGCAUUUCUUUCUGCAACUUGGAUUGGUGAAACUGAUUCCUGACCUGGUUUCCUACAACACCUGUCUUGCUGCAUGCAGAAAAGGCGCUGCCUGGCAACAGGCCUUGCAGCUUUGGAAACCCUCGCAGCACAGGAUGGACGUGGUGGGACACCUGGAACUAUUGGCUGCCUGCAUGGAUUCUGGACAGAUGGACCUUGCACCUGUAAUUUUGGAAGGGAUGAUGAAGGAGGUUUCAAGCCUUUUCGUCGAGGAUGUUGAGGCCCUACGCCCGCUGGGUCUUGCUGUUACGGCCUCUGAUUAUUUGGAUUCCAUGCAGAUUGACACUUCGGCUUCUGAUGUGCUGGAGAGGUGUUUGCAGCGAUACAUGAUGAAUCCAUCGCUUUGUCAAUUGGAGAACCUGGAUCCAGCUGCUGGUUUUGGUCGAUCUACCCGACUUAGGGAUAGAAUCUUGGAAAGGCAACAUAGUUUGGGUGUACAUUUCACAAGGCAGGCCCUGGAAGGCCUGUGCGAGAGCUAUAGCAGCUAUGAAGGUUGGGCAUCAUGGACAGUACGUGCGAAACGUUUUUGUCUCUCCAACCUGGCACUUCAUGGGCCAGAAACCUUCCAAUCGCAAGACCGUUCGGCUAGCACCAUCCUGGCAUGGGCAUCAUACAACUUCGAUGCGGAUUUAAGCAGAGGGCGCGUCAAUGGCUUUCAACAAGACAGAUCUGAACGAGACCAAUGGCUUCCGCCAAUACAAGUGGAACACGAGAGGUCUGGUCAUGCAGAGCGGCAAGCACUAUUGAAUUUGAUCCAGACCGACACAUUGACAAGCGGAGCAAGUUUCCCAAGUAUGGCACGGGGAGCAGUGCGGCUUUUCGUCACCCACACCCUGUGUAUAUCUUGUCUCGCAGCUUGUUUUCAGUACAAGAGGCUAUAUCCAGCAGUUCGCUUUGCCGUCGCUUUUACUGUGCUGUAGGGGAGUCUCAUGAUCGUCAUAUUUGUGAGCAGGGAUUGGGGAAGCGUGGAUGUUUACAGGCCAAGAGAUUCCUGCACCAUGAUUGGUCCUACUCCAUGGACUCAUGGACUGGACGUACCAUGGUGGCUUCAGGUAUUCUGCGCUUUAGUCAAGGUCUGGUUUGUAGUGACAGAGCACUCAGCUCCGUGUGAUCUGGGAUGGCUCGCA